UUGGAAACUCACAUUAAGGACAGAGACCAGUUCAGGAACUGCCUUCUGCCUUGUGCUCCAGUGCGAGGCGAGGGUACGAGAAAUUUGGUUCAUUCAUACUGGUGAAAGCCUUAUUAACUACUACUGCUUGGAAUUGAGACUUUACAGCCUGCUGUUAUAACAUUGUUAUUGGAGAAGCUUCCUGAGUUCUUUUUUGAUACUGUUGGCACCUUUGGAACCAAUUUCCCUCGGCUUAUUGUCAAUCAGUUUAAAUGGCUUGACAAAAUACUUGACAGCAAGGAUCUCGUCAUGAAAUUAAUGCAGAUGGUUAGUGUUUCUCCAGCAACAAUCCAGCAUGACAUUAUUACCAGCUUGCCAGAGAUCCUGGAGGAUUCCCAGCAAAGUGAAGUUGCCAGAGAGGUUAGCCAGCUGUUAAAACGGGACAGUCGCCUAACUGUUCCGAUCUUGGAUGCCCUUUCCAGUUUGGAUCUUGACGCAGGACUUUUGGCUGAGGUGCGGCAGUCUGCUAUUGAUCAUUGUGCCUGCUGUAAAAUUGGAAGAUUUGCCUGUAGUAAUCAAAUCAUUCUACAUAACAUCAAAGCUGUGGAUGCAGUAGAGGUGAUUUCUGCCCUUCGCAAGAACUUGGAUCUGUCGUCAUGUAUUUUACCUCUGCAGAUGCUGUCUUCUCAGAGCAAGCUCAAAAGCCAGCCACAAACGAGUUCCUCCACAAGCCAAGUGAGCAGCAGCCAGAACUGUGUCAAGCUCCUUUUUGAUGUGAUAAGGGCUGUGAGAUUUCAGAAAGGCAUUUCUGAAGCUUGGAUUAAGGCUAUUGAGAACACUGUCUCUGUGUCUGACCAUAAGGUUCUGGACCUGAUAGUUCUGUUGCUAAUCCAUACUACAAACACCAAGAGCAGGAAGCAAAUUGAGAGAGUGCUGAGGAACAAGAUUCCACUGGGCCUGGUGCCAGAGCAGCUGCUACAGAGCGCCUUCCAAAAUCACUCAUUGGUUAUCAAAGACUUCUUCCCAUCAAUCCUGUCACUGGCUCAGACCUUUCUGCACUCUGCUGAUCCAUGUGUCGUCUCCUUUGGCAGCUGCAUGUACAAGCAAGCAUUUGCAGCCUUUGACUCUUACUGUCAGCAGGAGGUUGUGAGUGCAUUGGUGACUCACAUUUGCGGUGGAAAUGAUGUAGAAGUGGACAUUUCUCUGGAUGUGCUCACUGACCUGGUGACUCUGCAUACCUCCUCACUGAUACGCUAUGCCACCUUUGUGAAGAACAUUUUAGACUAUACGGAGAAACUGAAUCCACAGCAAAUUCGGAAACUCUUCUACAUUCUUGGCGAGUUGGCAUUCAGCCAGAGGCAGGAAGACAACUAUAUUCAGGACGAUAUGCAUAUGGUGAUCAGAAAGUGGCUGUCUAGCACUGUUCCAAAGUAUAAACAAAUGGGGAUUAUUGGUGCUAUUACCGUGGCAGGCAGCAUGGCAGCAAAGAGAAGUAAAGAAGACCAGUGUUCAUUGGAGAGAAUGCAGCAAAGUGAAGAGCACUGCAGACAGCUCUCCAUCUUGCUUGAUCUGGUGAGCUACUGCUGUGAGCGAAGUCCUGAGGCUUUGGCUCUGUAUUAUGAUGAACUGGCCAACUUGAUUGAGAAACAGAAAGGGAAUUUGGAUUCACAAAUCUUGGAGCGGAUUGGGAAGAGUGUGGUGGAGGACUUUUCCAAUGACUUUGUGGUAGAUCUCACUCCUGCAGUUGAUGGUGUUCACCUGUUCCCAGUGAAGUCCUUGUAUAAUCUGGAUGAAGAUGAAAGUCAGGGAACAAUUGUUAUCAACCUAUUGCCACUGCUGUCACAGAACUGGCUUGGCAAGAGAGUUGAUGAAAUGGCAACUAGGAACCAGGGUAAAAAGAUAGUGGCUCCAGAGUGUCUGUCUCCCUCUUUCAGAUUGCUGAGACUUUACACAACGGAGCAACACAAUGGGAGCAUGGAGGAGAUCGAUGCCUUGCUAGGCUGUCCCCUACACCUGACUGACUUGGAGGUAGAAGGGAAGUUGGACUCCUUAGCCAAGCAGGAAAGGGAAUUCCUGUGCUCGCUCUUGUUCCAUGCGCUCAAUUGGUUCCGUGAGGUUGUGAAUGCCUUCUGUCAGCAACAGGACCUUGAGAUGAAAGGGAAAGUUUUGACUAGAUUACAGAACAUCACUGAGCUACAGAACAUGCUUGGAAAGUGCUUAGCAGCAAGCCCUGGUUAUGUACCUCCUCGCGCUAUCUUCGACUGUGAAGCCCUGGAAGCAGCACCAACUAUCAAUGCUGUUGGUCUAGUUAAAAAGAAGAAAACAGGAGGAAAAAACCAAAAUUCUGAAAGCAGCAAAGACUCCUCUGCAGACCAUUCACAAAUGGAAGAGAAUCCUGAAGGAAAUCAGCUCGAAGCUGAGACCACCCAGCUAGAGAAGGUGCUACUGGACACCACUGAAAAAAAGUCAGGGAUCCGUUUGGUACAGCUACAGAGUUACCAUGCAUUCUUCCGAGAGCUAGACCUUGAGGUGUUCACCAUCCUGCACUGUGGGCUGCUGACCAAAUCUAUUUUGGACUCGGAGAUGCACACAGAAGCCAGAGAAAUUGUACAGUUAGGGCCAGCAGAGCUUGCGUUCCUUCUGGAUGAUCUUUGCCAAAAGCUGGAGCACAUUCUGAUACCACCCGCUGCAAAAAGAGCCCCUUUCUUAAAGCAGGGGAAAGCCUGUAGGAAGAUUGGAUUCUCCCAUCUGUGUCAGAGAUCUUCUCAAGAAGUUGCCCAGUGUGCAGUUGAGUUGCUGAAACCGCUGUGUAAUCACAUGGAGAACAUGCACAAUUACUUCCAGGCACUAAUUACAGAAAACCAGGGAAUGGUGGAUGGACCAAGAGUGAACAUUCAGGAGCACCAGCUUAUGUCGUCUUGUUACCAGCAGCUGCUGCAGGCCUUUCACCUCCUGUUUGCUUGGAAUGGAUUUUCUCAACGUGAAAAUAGUGACUUGCUGAGGUCAGCCCUCAAGGUCCUUGCAGACAGACUAAAGCCUGGAGAGACAGAGUUUCUUCUUCUUGAGGACCUAAUCCGCGAGAGUUUUCACUACUUGCUGAAUUUCCAGCACAGCAUUCCCAAUUUCCAGUGUGCACUCACCCUCACUCAGCUCCUGAAUGUCAUUGCUGAAAAACCUGUGGCCAGCUGGAAAAAAGAUAAAAUAGCUUCACUUGCUAAACAGUUCCUCUGCCAGUCAUGGAUGCAGCCCAGUGGCAUGCGAGAGAAGGGUAGCCAGUUCAGUGAUGCGCUGCACACUCUGCUCUGUGUAUAUAUGGAGCACACAGACAACAUCUUGAAAGCUGUGGAAGACAUCUCCAGUGUUGGGGUCCCAGAGCUGAUUAAUUCUGCUAAUGACGGAUAUUCUUCUACUUACCCCACGCUGACCAGGCAGACAUUUCCAGUUUUCUUCCAAGUGAUGAUGGCUCAUCUGGAGAAUUCAGUGAGAAGCAUUUCUGCUGGGAAACCAUCAGACUCAAGUGAGGUACAGCUAGAGAAGCUGCUGCACUGGAACAUGGCUGUGCGGGAUUUCCAUAUUCUUGUUAACUUGGUCAAGGUGUUUGACAGCAGGCCCGUGCUCAGCGUUUGCCUGAAGUACGGCCGCCUCUUUGUGGAAGCCUUCCUGAAGCUUGCCAUGCCUCUCUUGGAUUAUAGCUUUAAAAAGCACAGGGAAGACGUGCAGAGUUGCUGAAAACUUAUACAGCUGAGCACCAGACAACUUCAUCACAUGUGUGGCCAUUCAAAGAUUCACCAAGACUUAGGAUUGACCAACCACGUGCCUUUAUUGAAAAAGUCCUGGAGAUUUGUAUACCGAGUAAAAGCCAUGUUGGCCUUCAACCACUGUCAGGAAGCAUUCUGGGUGGGCAUCCUCAAAAAUAGGGACCUGCAGGGAGAAGAGAUCCUGUCUCAGGAUUCUGAAGAGAAUGACCCAGGGGAGGGAGUUUCCAAACUCCCCAGAGAAGAUCCUGCUGAGGAGGAAGGUGACAUUUCAGGGAGCGAGGGUGGAUCCGAGCACAAUGAUGAUGAUGAAGAGAGCUCUGAGUAGACCUUGCAGCCUUCUGUUAGCUCACCAUGGCAUAGAAGCUUGGUAUUAUCCAAAACAAUCCACACCUGUCACAGCUGAAUAGGCUUGGAGAAUUUAAUACUGUGCAACAGUAAAGAAGGUUCCACUUGUAGUCAGGUCUUUAUAGAUGGGAUUUAGUCCCCACUUAGUGUUCGCUGUGCAGUCUACAUUGGUUGGGAGUUUUGCACCCAGACAUAUUGAAAAAAGGAAAACCUAGAACCAUUUUUAUUUGUUCUUGCCUCCAGAUGCUCCCUAACAAACUCUUUUCCAUAUAAAUUCCUUUCCUUCUCUGCUGCUCUAGGGAAUGGAUUUCAAGGGGAAACUCUGUGGCUUUCUGUCUAGAAAUGCACUGAAAGUUUGGAUUAGUUGCCAAAGUGAGAGAAGUGAUAUUUACUGAAAGAACUUAUCCUGUUCUUGUACAGUAUCAAUGAAAUAUUUGCACAGAACCCACCUUCCUCAACAGUCCAGCCCUUGAGCCCUUGUAAGAAUUACCUUCUUGCAUUGGCCCUUUAUGUUCCCACUAACGAAGGCAUUUGGAUUGCUCUCCCAUUGAUUUUUCUGUCCCAAUAAAGUGCUCAUUAAUGGUGAGAGAAAGGCUUGUCAUAGGCUGUUUUUUGUAAUUUACAACUAAUUCCAAAGCCUUGUUUACUAACUCAUUGA